UAAACAAUGCCCACGUUAAUUUCUACUCCCGUCCUUAUAUUACUUGUAUAAGUAAUACAGUGUGCUAUACAACAAAACUGGCGAUGAGGAAGAAAUGUUCUCACGUUUGUGCUCAUCAUCUUUGGCAGAAAGUCUGAGUUAAAGUCGUAAUUUUUUUUUCGCCGUAGAAAGACGCAAACAAAACGUGGAGCUAGCCAGUCGAGUGAUGCUAGCUAGCUUUUGAUGUCACGGCAACGAGAGCCUAGAGAGAUAGGAAGAGUUUCGCUGCGGGAGAAAGUGAAGUCAGCGUGAGUUAAAAGAAAGAAAGAAAAGGGUCUGGGAGUAAGGGACCGUCUGAAAAGUGUGAGAAAGAAAAAUAAACCGAAAAUGUCUGCAUUGAUGUAAGAUACUGGAAAUAUAGGAACAUUUGAUGAAUCUGUGGAACAAUGGAGUUCUUACACAGAACGUUUUGAGUACUUUGUGUUGGCAAAUGGAAUUAAAGCAGAAGUCGUUGUGCCAACAUUUUUGACUGUUAUGGGGGGAAAAACAUUAAAUCUACUGCGCAGCCUAGUAACGCCUGAAAAACCAGGUGAUAAAUCAUAUGAUGAAAUUGUGGCUACCUUAAAAGGACAUUAUUCUCCCAAACCACUGAUAAUCGCAGAGAUAUUCCGGUUUCAUAAGAGAAAUCAAGAUGAGGGGGAAUCAAUCUCACAGUUUGUGGCUGUAUUGAAACGGUUAUCUGAACACUGUGAAUUUGGGUGAUCACCGAGUGACACUAUACGUGAUAGGUUAGUGUGUGGCAUGCACAGUGAGGCAAUUCAGAAACGCCUUUUGAAUGAGAGUAACUUAAAAUUGCAGAGAGCAAUAGAAGUGAGUACGUCAAUGGAAAUGGCAAAUAAAGACGCACAACAGCUAAGUGCAUCGACCAAAGUGCAUAAGGUGUCUACGUGGUUAAAAAACAAGGCAGGAGGUGGCAAGCCAUGCUAUCGCUGUGGGAAACCAGGUCACCAAGCAGAGGAGUGUUGGUGCAAAGACUUAGACUGCAGAAGUUGUGGAAAAAAGGGUCACAUCGAACGUGCAUGUAAAAAUAAAAAGACACAAUCAAACAAAAGUACUGAACAAAGGAAAAGCGACUUCAGGAAGUACAAAAAGAAAGUGCAUAAAAUGGAGCACACAGAGGAUGAACAAAGUGAUACCCUGUCUGAAGGGAGGAAUCUUUGCAUGUUAUGUCCAUUUCAGACAAUGGAUACGGCUACGGCGUGACACCGCUACUGGAUGGAAACACAGUACGGAUGCAAGUGGACACUGGAGCAGCCAUAUCUUCGCUGUCUGAGGCUGUAUACAAGGAGAAACUACAUCACCUCACACUACAGCCCACAAAGAUGACGCUGAAAACAUACACCGGUGAGUUUGUUCCAGUGAGAGGAAGCGUGAUUGUUACAGUGGAGCUCAACAAACAGAAGGUAAAGCUACCACUCUACAUUGUGAAAGGCAACCAUCCAGCAUUGCUAGGACGCACAUGGCUGGAAAAGAUCAAACUAAACUGGCAGGAAAUUCACAUGGUUGCAAAAGAGGACACAAACCUACAAGGGAUGUUGAGGAAACACCGGGAUGUGUUCAAAGGAGAACUUGGCAAUAUGAAGGACAUAACAGUUAAACUGACCGUGAAACCAGACAGCAAGCCAAAAUGCUUCAAAGCUAGACCUGUCCCAUACGCCAUAAAACCAAAAGUUGAAAUUGAGCUAAACAGACUAGUCGAGAGUGGAGUAUUGGAUCCAGUGAAUGUUAGUGAAUGGGCUACACCCAUUGUUCCAGUCAUAAAAAAAGAUGGAUCAUUCAGACUCUGUGGUGAUUUCAAAGUCACCAUUAACCCAGUCUUGACUGCUGAAAAAUAUCCACUACCCCUCAUUGACGACCUCUUUUCUGGUUUAGCUGGAGGACAAAAAUUCAGUAAGAUAAACUUAUGUCAUGCCUAUCUACAGAUGCAUGUGGACCAAGAGUCACAAGAACUGUUGACCAUAGUGACUCACAAAGGACUGUACAGGUACUGGAGGCUUCCUUUUGGAAUCACCUCAGCUCCGGCCUUGUUUCAGAGAGCCAUGGACCAGAUACUGAGCGGGCUCACUGGGGUCCAAUGUUACCUCGAUGAUCUACUCAUCACCGGCAAAGACGAGCAGGAGCACCUGAGAAACCUGAACGCUGCACUACAGAGAUUGGAGGAGUACGGUCUGAGGAUCCGGAAGGACAAAUGCGAGUACCUGGGCCACGUCAUCGACAAUUCGGGGCUCCACAAUCCACCAUCGAAGGUGAAGGCCGUUGCGGAAGCUCCAUCCCCACAGAAUGUGAGUCAGCUGAGAUCAUUCUUAGGACUACUGACAUACUACGCAAAGUUUGUGCCAAACAUAGCUGACAUGUUAAAGCCACUGCAUGAACUUUUGAACAAAACCAAACAGUGGAAGUGGACAGACAGAUGUGAGGAGGCCUUCAAGAAAGUGAAAACAGCCUUAGCUCAGUCAGAGGCCCUAACCCACUUCAACCCCAACUUGCCAUUACAGUUGGCAUGUGAUGCAUCGCCUUAUGGCGUUGGUGCGGUUGUCUCACACAUCAUGUCAUCAGGUGAAGAAAGGCCAAUUGCUUUCGCAUCACGGACCUUAAGUAAAGCCGAGAGCAAUUAUGUACAGAUAGAGUGUGAAGCACUCGCCAUUGUGUUUGGAGUUAAGACAUUUCAUCAGUUUCUGUUUGGCCGACGAUUCACACUGCUGACGGACCAUAGACCCCUCACCCCCAUCUUUGGUCCCCACACCGGCAUUCCGUCGCUUGCAGCCAGCAGCGAUGGGCUUCAUUGUUAUCUGCUCACUAGUACUAUAUCAAGUACAGAAGGUCUGAGCAGCACUGCAAUGCAGACGGCCUCUCAAGGCUUCCCUUACCUGUCGCGCACACUCAGCACUCCCAGGCUGAAAUCUUCUACUUCAAGGAAAAGUAGAGAUGUCGGACAGCCUACAACCUUACCUAUCAUCAUACUGCCGCCACUGAGAAGGCAGGUGCUUGAAGAACUCCAUUCAGGGCACUGUGGCAUGUCGCGAAUCACGGAGAUUGCACGCAGCUACCUUUGGUGGCCAUGUCUGGACGCAGCUAUCGAAGACAAGGUCAAGUCAUGUUCUGCAUGUCAAAAGAUGAGGAACAUGCCUCAGCUAGCGCCACUACACCCAUGGGACUUCCCAGAGGAGCCUUGGCAGCGAGUCCACAUAGACUAUGCAGGCCCACUAGAGGAUUGUAUGUUCUUAGUCGUAGUUGACGCACACAGUAAAUGGCCUGAGGUCACAGUGAUGAAGAGCACCUCAGCGGAGAGAACCAUCGAAGAGCUUCGGUCGAUCUUCAGUCGCUUCGGCUUGCCAACGCAACUCGUUAGUGAUAAUGGCCCCCAACUGGUGUCUGAAGAGUUCCGGUCAUUCAUGGAAGCAAAUGGAAUUCAACACAUCAAGUCAGCGCCGUAUCACCCUGCAACGAACGGCCUCGCUGAAAGGUUUGUCCAAACGAUGAAGCAAGCUUUAAAAUCAUCACAAGGGAACGGCUCCCUCAAUAGGCGUCUAAACACCUUCCUGUUAACCUACAGAAACACUCCCCACGCCACAGCCAAAGUGGCACCCGCGUCAGCCAUGAUGAAAAGACAGCUACGCACGCGACUCGACCUCCUGAGACCUCCAAAGACGAAACAGGUUGUACAGACACAACAGCGAGCACAGGUGGAGAAACGGAGAAAAGCAAAAUACAGAAGCUUCAUGGCUGGAGAGAGAGUUUUUGCUCGGAACUACUGCAAAGGUCCAAAGUGGAUACCAGCCACAGUGGUUGCACAAACAGAGCCUGUGUCCUACACAGUUCACACACCGGAAAACAUAAUCUGGAGGAGACACGUGGAUCAACUGUUGCCAGGAACCAACCUCAGAGAUGACUCCUGUCAAGUGACAAACCAAGAUCAGCUACUGGAGACCUACCAUGACUACGAGCCAUCACCUGAACAUCCACUGCAGCAACCUACAAAUGUGGAAAGUGCUCCAGACUCACCUGAACCAGCCAGAGUGCCUACGCAGGGUACUGUUGCACUCCAGUCUGGGCAUACACCAUCACCACUCAGACUCAGAGACAAUGUGACUGUAGACUCACCUGUACGUCGUCAUUACCCUGCAAGAGAAAGACGACCCCCUGACAGGUUGACUAUUUAGUUCAGACUAACCUCCGACAUUGGGGCAGAAUACACCCCAGGGUUAAGUCUGGGAACUGAGGCAGUCUACCCUCUUUCCCUUAUUUAUAAAAGGUUAUUCUGAAAAGUUAAUUUAUUUACAUUAAGAGAACUUAUGUUAAAAAGAAAACAGUGAAUAUUUACUUUUUCCUUGUGAGUCAUCAAAGGUAAAGGGGGAGGAAU